UGCGUGCGCGCCAGCGCGGAGUAUAUGUACGAUAUACGUACCGACGUACAUACAUACUUACGCACGCACGCAUACAGACACGCGUGCUCUCGAUCGCUCGCACAAUCACAAUCCCACUUUUGUCCACUUUGGAGUUCAAUCAGAGGUGGUGUGAUGCGCACACUGUGACGCUCGAAGAUGCUCGCAUUGCUCGCAAACAGUUUUUUGUCAUCGCGCGGCGGGGCAACGUCGGCGGGCUUUGAGGUUAUGUCUUGUCGCGGGGUAACUGACAAUGCCGAAUUGAGUGCGACGCGAUUAACGGCGAGAUUACCGAGGAACUUGUCGCGCCAUGGUAGACGAUCGUGCGCCCGUCAACACGGAAAAUAAGUAUCGUGCGGUAAAUGCGGAUCAGGACGACCCGAGGGAGACGCGCGUGAAAGCAACGAUGCCGUCGGAGCUGAGGUCGAUCAGCGCGGCCGACUGGAUCACAGUCGUGGUUCUCUGCUUCGUGAAUCUUAUAAAUUACAUGGACCGUUUUACGGUCGCUGGUGUACUGCCUGAUAUCAAGCAUGACUUUGAUAUCGGCAACGAUAAGUCUGGACUACUGCAAACAGCGUUCAUUUUGAGCUACAUGGUGUUUGCGCCGUUAUUCGGAUAUCUGGGAGAUCGUUAUAAUAGAAAGUUUAUUAUGAGCAGUGGCGUAUUUCUAUGGUGCCUAACGACAUUUAUUGGUUCUUACAUGAAAACAUUUGGAUGGUUCCUAUUCUUUAGAGCACUUGUUGGCAUAGGAGAAGCUAGUUACUCUACAAUCGCACCAACGAUUAUUAGCGAUUUAUUUGUAAAAGAUGUGCGUUCUAAGAUGCUCGCCUUAUUUUACUUUGCUAUUCCAGUUGGAAGUGGUUUAGGAUAUAUUACGGGAGGUGAAACAGCUCGUAUUUCUGGUCACUGGCAGUGGGGAUUACGUAUUACUCCUAUAUUAGGUAUUGUAGCGAUUCUUCUGUUACUCACUGUAGUAAGAGAUCCUAUCAGAGGUGAACGAGAAGGAGGCGUUCAUUUGACAAGUACUACAUGGUCGUAUGAUAUCAAGGAGUUAUUAAAAAAUUCGAGCUUUAUGCUGUCUACUGCAGGAUUUACUUGCGUGGCGUUUGUCACUGGUGCGCUGGCGUGGUGGGCGCCAACAUAUCUAGAAUUAGGUUUUAAAUUACUUCCUUAUGGAGCGAAUGUUGAUCCAGACGAUGUUGCAUAUAAGUUUGGAUUAAUCGGUAUGGCAUCCGGUUUAAUAGGUGUACCCUUAGGCUCUACUAUAGCACAAAAAUUACGAACUUAUUGGCAACAAGCUGAUCCUCUGAUAUGCGCUGUAGGUCUUCUAAUAAGUGCUCCUUUAUUAUUCUUCGCUAUGAUUACUGCCAAUACAAAUCCUACUCUUUGUUAUACAUUAGUAUUCUUUGGUCAGUUAUCAUUAAAUUUGAAUUGGGCUAUUGUAGCUGAUAUAUUACUGUAUGUAGUAAUUCCCACAAGAAGAUCUACAGCAGAGGCAUUCCAAAUACUCAUUGCACAUGCUCUCGGAGAUGCAGGCAGUCCUUACCUUAUUGGACUUAUAUCAGAAGGAUUAAAGUCAUCGUUCUUGUCAGAUUUAGCUGUAGGAGAACAAUCUAGUGUUCAUGACAAUCAAAAUGUAGCUGUCGAGUUUCGUAGCCUACAAUAUGCAAUGUUUCUGACAAUGUUUGUCGAAGUACUCGGUGCUCUAUUCUUCUUCCUAACAGCAUUGCAUAUACAGAAGGAUAAGGCAUUAGUCGACCUUGCUAUCGCGGGUGGAAGUCUUUCAGACUCAGUAUGUAUUUGCAAUGAUGCAGUUAACAGCGAAUUACAAAAUGAUACAAAUACGAUACUAGAAUUUAACAGGCAUCAAGUGGAACCGUCUGACUAGAUUUUUAUAGGGUCUUGAUACUUUAAAUAAACUAUUGUUAUGAAUGUACAGCAUGGUUCUAUCAAACAUAGCUAUUGGUUUGAUUUUAUAAUAUAAAAUAUGUUAUUGAUACAAGGAUAUAUGUAUUAUAUACAGAAUGUAUUUGCGAAGAAAGCUUUCAUAUAGUCAUAAUGAAGAGUACUCCCAGAGAAAAAUAGUUAUAAGUUACUACUGUUAAUAAUGUACAAUACAUUAGACAAGUCAGCAAUGAAACUCUUAAAAUCUGAAUGAAGAUGCACAUAUAAAUGGUACAAUAUUUUUAAAUGUUAUAUUUUUAUAAUAACUCAUAUUGCAAAUUCAUGUAAUGUAUUAUGAAAUCAUCACAUAAUAGAUGCAAAUUGUAUAAAUAAUCUAUGUGGUAAGGUUGUAUUAGUAAAUAAUUUGUAUGUAAGAUACAUAAUUAUUUUAAUUGGUAUAAAUAUUUGAUUAAUUUAUCAGUACUGCUUUAGCAUUAAACUGUAAAAAUACUAACAAUUACAUAAUUCUUCAGAAAAAAUUUUCAAUAAUUGCUACAAAUAUGCUUAUU